AAUUAUUACUAAAUCAUUAUCUAAAUUAAAUAACUACGUCUGUCACGAUAAAGAAAACUAAGCGUGCGAGGAAGCUCACCGCCUGCCCCGUUGGGCACGGCGCCAAAGAACCCCACAAAUUGCUUGCUAACCUCAGUGCGGGUUAACCGUCGUGGCGCAUGCGUGUACGAGUGUACGACGCUCAGUUGUGCCUCAAUUUACUUCGAAAAAGCUUGCCGCUUCUUAUAUCAGUUCACCCAAACACCAGUUAUGCAGUAAUAAGACAGUGUAUAUUCAUAAAACUAAAAAUUACGUGUCAAAGUGAGUAGGAAGUCAUCUAGACUAGGAUUCCUGACCCCAAAAUUGUUCAAUUAUGUGUUUUACAUUCGUCAAUGUACGGAGUGACAGAUAACUGUUCACAAUGGGUUCCAUUUUAUGCCCAUUUUGUCAUCAAGGAUCGUGGAAAGAUUUGCAAGAAUUUAAAAAGAGGCUGGAGUCCGUUUUAACCUGUCCUCUCAGUUGCUUAGUUUGUAGUCAGACAGUUCUUGGACUGACUGAACUACACGCCCAUCUCUGCCAACACCAAGUCACCGUGCAGAAUAUCGCACUACAACAGAACGACUCGCCCGAAUCUUAUAAUUUCAAUAGUGUUGAAACUUUAAACUUUAGCUCGUACUCCGGCCAAUAUAUAGAGGGUGUAAGUGUCGCGGGGUUUAAAGACAUCCCGCAGAGUAGCGACGGGAUUCUUCCGUUUGAAAAACUUGAUUUGAAAGAUAAAAGCCCGCGUAGCUCAUGGAUAUUACCUGUAGCGACAUCGUCGAUUUUAGCUGGAAACCAUUCAUCUAUAAAUGACCCGCAGACUUCAAGCCGAUCAUUGUUACAGGAGAACAGACCUUUCUUACACAACUCUUCCCCAGGCAGCACUAGCGAACAAUUCAGCUGCAACGAAUGCGGGCUACUGUUUUGUUCAGAGCAUUUCUUGAAGUGGCAUAAGGACAUAAUCCAUAAACAUUCCGAUGACUUCGAAGUAUGUUGUAAGUUGUGUGAAAGUAAAUUCAAAGACCUAGAAUCGUACCGAAAUCAUGUGCGUCUAAGCCACAACGAACAGAGGUACAUGUGUGAGCAGUGUCCAAAACUCUUCAAGCUAAAAGGGAGUUUGGUCGUUCACAAGAGGAUGUAUCACGAUGGCACUCCGAGUUCCUGUAGAUUUUGUCAUAAAAAAUUCUCGAGCGACACAAGACGUGAUUUCCACGAGCGUCGACAUCACGCCAACGGUGGUAAGGCUACUAUUAAAGGAAAAUUUUCUCAGGAUGGAGAAAGGACUCCAUCACCCAAGAAAGUAAAUACUGUUUCCGCUGGCAGUCUACAGAAUGCGCGACGAAAUCUCGAUAACCUAAUGGAGAAAAACCAAAUUCAUUACGCACAAGUCACAGUUGUAAAUCCUCCAAAUUGUUCAGACAACGCUUCACAAUUGAUACCAACAGCCAUAAUUUCCAUGGCUCAAGACUGCAACUUACAGCAACUGAUUUCUUACGCUUCUCCUGCGGAUAAAUUUUAUAGUAAUAACAAAGAACUUCCCGUUCGUGAGGCGAUUAAAAACAUAAGCGUCACCCAAAAUACGCUUAGAUCCUCCGACACUCAACCCGGACAUUUCAAAUACGACUCGCAAGAUUUUUCGAAAUCAUGCCAGAACAUAGAAAAGUGUGCUGUUAACAAGUCACCAGGUAAUAACGACUUCUUUGGAAGCAAUUGUUCAUUUUGGCCUUCUUCUCUUAGCUCAAGGGUCAGCUCGUCUAACCAAUUCUUAGCUGUACGUUUAGGCUCGGCAAAUAAUUCCAAUGAAAUAAAUUCAUCAGUUCUUAAAACAACAAGCGUAACAUCGAGCAUUAAAAGAGUGGCAAGUGUUAAUGAUUUAGCUGACACGUUACAGGUCAAAUCUUCCUUAAUCAAAUCACCAGUUAGGACUGCGAGCAUGCAAAAGUGGAACAGCGUACCUGACGUCGCAGCUUCUGAGGCGACCAAAAUAACUCGUCCUAUCCCACUUGAUGCAUCCUAUGACUCACCAGCAAGCCCUCCAUGUGGUAGGAGCGAAAUCAAACAAUUAACCUCCAAUAUUGACGAUGGCUCUCAAUGCAUCGCUUCGCAUUUUAGUGAUAACUCAUUUCUACCGAUAGAGACUUGCUUUCGGUACCCUGCCAGCAACGAAGACGACAGUCAAAUCAACUUCAGUCAACAAAGCACUCCAAGCCAAGCAAGCUGUUCUAUGAAUUCAAAUGAAAUUCAGAGAAAUUUUGAGUCCACCAAUCUUAAUGAUAAGCAGGUUGGCUUGCCAGCGUUGCUUGGGUUCGAAGGGAAGCAGUGGGAGUGCGAAGUGUGCAAGAAAUGUUUCACUACAAAAUACUUCCUCAAGAAACACAAACGCCUUCACACGGGUGAGACUCCCUACAGCUGCUCCACGUGCGGCAAGACCUUCACGUUCCAACAAAGUUACCACAAACACUUGCUCUACCACUCCGACGAGAAGCCUCAUGUCUGUACCUUCUGUGGUCGCGCCUUCAAGGAAAUGUCUACUCUACACAAUCACGUUCGUAUUCACACUGGAGAGAAACCGUUCGUCUGCGAAACAUGCGGAAAAGCAUUUCGACAACGCGUGUCGUACUUGGUCCACCAACGCAUACACACCGGCGUCUUACCGUACACAUGUCAGGGAUGUAACAAGUCUUUUCGUUAUAAGGUCAGUUUACGGUCGCACAAAUGUGAGGAAGUCAACGAUGGAACUCCUUCACCAUCAAUAGAUCAUGCACUUCCUGCCCCCCUUCAUCCAAGUACUAGUGAUGAGACCUCAAUGAUGGAGGUGUCCUUUGAACGGGACCAAAGUUUUAACCAAAAUGAAGAGGAAACGAAUAGAAAUCAGAACGGAGAAGCCACAACUACUAGAAACAUUUUUGUAUUGGAAACUUGCGGCAACUUCUCAGAAAACUGGACCUCUCAAAGACCAGGAAACCAUGAUGUUACUGAAACUCAUGAAUUAAUGACAAACUCUUUCAAGCCUACUAAAACAAAUCAAAAGACUUUCGAGAGAACAGUUGAGUCAUCUGAGAUUUUUACUAAUGCCAUAAAGGUAGGACAGGUAUCAUCUGCUUCAGGCAACCCAACACUAAUCAACGCAUCAUAUGUUGCAGUAAGAGACAGCAAUGAAGUACACGAUAGAAAAUUUAGGGCCAGAAGCAAUGAUCCGAAUCAGUCUAAUUUAUUUAGUGAGUCAUUGUCUUUACAGGGCUCAUGUGAGUCAGCUUCCAAAAUUGAUAUACCUUCGACCAAGUGUGGGAACGCGCAAGAACGGAAUCUUUUGCCUAGUUCACAUUUCGGGAGCUACCUUUCUGCAGAAUUUGGAAACGAACCGAGAAAAGGAAGAGUUGGCAGCCAUCCUAGUAACUCUUCCAGUACUUCGGAUUGGAACGAAGAAACUCGGAAUCAAAAUUUGGUUUCGCACUGCAGUGAAGAUCCAGUGACCCUAACUUUAUCCUCACCCGCAUCUGAUUCCGAUGGGGAAAUGGACGGCGAGAUGUUCUUCAAGGCAUUUUUUACGUGAAUAUUUGGCUCUACAUGAUGCAAAAAAGAAUGUAAUGAAAUACGCUUGUGAUAACGGCAACAUAUUGCCGGGGAUGCUCGUUGGGUAAUCAAUGUUGAAGGAUAAUUUUUGGUCUUGGCAGUAAGUUGGUUUAAUGUGCAUCCAGAAAUUUCGAGCGCCAUGUGAUAAUUAAGUUAACUCGCUCACGGGAAAAUGUGGCAUGCAAACAAUUAUAAUUAUUAUGUGGUAACUGAAAGUCACGAAUAGGAAUGAAAGUGAGGCCAAAAUGGCCAGGGUUUGGCGUGGAGUUAUCGAGAUGUCAAUGGCAGUAAGAUAAGGAGACUGAGGGAGCAUCAAGUGCGCACUUCGGUAGAAUGACAUAUUAGUUUCAAAAGCUCGCUCAGGUAUAAAAAAAGCCGUGAGGAUCCAGACAUUGUUCCUAAAUCCUUAUCCUAAAAAUGCAUAUGUCCUGCAGGCUGCAGGUUUGUGCUGCAAGUGGGCGCAGGUUAAUCGUAUUGAGAUCAUCGUACCUCGCUGUGACAUGAUUUAUGUAUAUCACGCUCCAAUUGCAUUCAUGCGGCAAUAAAUGGUUUCCAAA